CCGCCUUCUUCGGCAACAAAACAGCCUGGAUAUUUGGCAGGACUCCUCCUUGCACGAUUGUCACCUUGCCCAAAAGACUGUUCAAUUCCUCAUCAUUUCUGAUAGCCAGUUGCAAGUGACGAGGUAUUAUUCGCGUUUUCUUCAUUGCCCGCGAGCUCCAAUACUUCGGCAGCUAAGUACUCCAAAACAGCUGCUAGGUAGACGGGGGCGCCGGCUCCAACACGCUCGCCAUAGUUACCAGCUCUCAAAAGGCGAUGCACGCGACCAACAGGAAAUUGGAGGCCCGCUCGCGCGGACCUGGUCUUCUUCCCUCCCUUA